UAAAGCUGGAUUUGUCCCAGGUGUUGAUUUUUUUCCCCCUGAAUAUUUGUUUGUAUCCUGAAACUUAGACCCGCGGGCGCUUCUACACUCUUCCAGUCUUUUUUCCCUUCCAGCUGAUCUGAAGUAAGAGCUUUAUGAAGUGAUCAUGAGCACCUUGUGGGCUUCAUGUGUGUAGUGUGAACUCCAGCAUGAUGAGCAGUAACGCCUCGCUACCCGGUGACCUGGACGAGUUAGAUGUUAAAGGCACGGACACGCUGAAGCUGCUGGAGGCUCACCGGCCCAUUAAGAUCGGGAUUAUUUUGCUUCUGGGUGUAAUGAUCACUUUGGGGAACGUGGCCGUGGUGUCGGUGAUUUACUCCGCGGUACCGGGAUGGUCGCGCAACUCGCGAUACUUUUUAUUAUCGUUAACCGGCGCGGACUCGGCGUUCGGUUUGAUCGUCAUGCCGCUGAACCUGUGCGUGAGCCUGCUGAAGGACUACAGCGAUGAACCCGACCCGUUCUGUCACGUGGUGGCCUUCUUUAACGCCACCGUUUACUCCACGUGCAUGUACACGCUGGCCAGCAUCAGCGUGGAGCGCUACGUGGCCGUGUUUUACCCGCUGCAGUACUCCACCAUGCUGACCCGGAGGCGCGCGCUGCUGCUCAUCGCCUUCGCCUGGCUCUUCCCUCCGGUCCUGCUCGUGCCCAUCUCGUGCCCGGAGGGAAUCAUAGACGUGUACUUCUCCUCGGCAUCCCUGGUGUGCAACCCGUCCUACUCCAGCAACGUGACGUACUCUCUGAGCCUCACCGGCUUCAUCUUCUUCCCCUGCUCGGCCCUCAUGACCUUCUGUAACCUCAGGCUGUGGGUCGCCGCCAGGAGGCAGCGGAGGAAGCUGAGGACACACGGCUCGGCUCGAUGGACUAGACCUAACGUGGCCUCGCGCGUGCUCGUGCCCGUCAUGACCGCCUACUACACGUGCUGGACCCCCUGCAUGGUCAUCAUGAUCUACACCGCGAUAUCAGGCAGCAGUGUCCCGGAGUGGGUGGAAUUUGUGGCCGUGUGGUUACCGACGUCCAACGGCUUCCUCAACUGUAUCUUUUACUUUUGGAUUAACCAGAGCUUCAGGAGAAAGUUCCACUUGGUUCUGCAGAGACUGUGUUUCAGACUUUGUCCCGAUGCCAAACCCGUACAUGACUCGGUGAUGGCUACUUUAAAUAACAACACCGUGCACGAGAGGUCUUCCAGCGUGUCGUCCACGUGCACUUUACUCACGAUCGCUGUCGAGAACUACAUCUGACAGCCAGGAACCAAGUGGACAUCAAACAGCUGGGCAUCCAGAGCUAGAAAUUACUUUCUCUGACCUGUGGGAAUCAGCAAGGGCUAAUGACGCACCUGUGGAUCACUGGUAUGGUUCAUUUUCAACCUCCAUAGUCAUGCAGACUUUUAGCUUGUGGGCAAAUUGUGCCUUUUUACAUUCUCUGCACUUUUGCACUGUAAUUAUUUCAUUCCUGGGUGUUUUUUUUUUUUUUUUAAGUUACACACUUUCUUCUUUAUGCAUUUCAUGUAAUUAAAAAAAAAAUGAAUACCCCAUUAUCAGCAAGGACUCCUUCCUAUUUUGUCAGUUUUCUUCUUAUAAAUGUCUUGUUUUCUUACAGAAAUGCAUAUUGCCUGGAAUUGCACUGCAAUUAUUUCUCCCUCAUUUUAAUGUUCAGUCGACUGCAUAAUGAAAGUUGUGUUCUGUCAGAUUUUAUCAAUAUGUCAACAGCCGGCAGUACAAAAAGGUUAACCUUUAUACAAAAGGAAAGUAAUUAGGCACUUAACGUCAUAUAAAGGUCAGCUCAGCUAUGUCUGUUGGAAAGUAAGGGUUUUGGGUUUUUUUUCAUUUGGUAGAGGUCCAUGUGCCCUUUAUCUGCUCUCCUGUUUUAUGCACAUAGCCUGAAUUUAAUUCAAUUGCUUGUGACUGUAAAGGGUAAACAUAUUUUCUGGCACUUUCUUGUAUACACUAAUAUCUUGUCUAUGUUGUAAAAUUGUAAUAUUUUAACAAAUACUUUUGGCAGCAGCUUGUGAUGGUGGUGUCCUUUUUUUUCUUUUUCUUUUUUUUUUGUUAAAGGAAGACUAGAGGUCUGUUAAUGUCUCUGUAAUUAAACAAAUUUUUCAGAUUGAUAUUUCAGAAAAUAAAAAAAAAUUGUAAAAUAUUAUUGUAAAUAACAAAUUUUAGUGUUAAUGAUGGUGUUAAAUGUUUGUGCUGUAAAAUAAAGCUUAAAAGCCCUUGUAUUAGACUUUUUUGUGUGUUAUUUUAUCUUAGCAAAUUGACAAAGAUGGAGAUAUUUAAG